AUGGGGACUCCCAGGGCCCAGCAUCCGCCGCCUCCCCAGCUGCUGUUCCUAAUUCUGCUGAGCUGUCCCUGGAUUCAGGGUCUGCCCCUGAAGGAGGAGGAGGCACUGCCGGAGCCUGGAAAUGAGACCCCCACCGUAGCCUCUGAGGCCUUGGCGGAGCUGCUCCAUGGGGCCCUGCUGAGGAGAGGCCCAGAAAUGGGCUACCUGCCGGGAUCUGAUCCAGACCCCACACUAGCCACCCCUCCAGCCGGCCAGACUCUUGCAGCACCCUCCCUGCCACGGGCCACUGAGCCGGGCACAGGGCCUCUGACAACAGCCGUAACCCCUAAGGAGGGCAGGGGGGCAGGCCCCACCGCGCCGGAGCUGCUGACCCCGCCCCCAGGAACUACGGCCCCGCCCCUUCCCGGUCCCGCCUCCCCAGGCCCGCCCCUCGGGCCUGAGGGAGGAGAGGAGGAGACCACGACCACCAUCAUCACCACGACAACUGUCACCACGACGGUGACCAGCCCAGUUCUGUGUAAUAACAACAUCUCCGAAGGUGAAGGGCAUGUGGAGUCUCCAGAUUUAGGGAGCGCGGCCAGCCGCACCUUGGGGCUCCUGGACUGCACGUACAGCAUCCAUGUCUACCCUGGCUACGGCAUUGAGAUCCAGGUGCAGACGCUGAACCUGUCUCGGGAGGAGGAACUCCUGGUGCUGGCUGGUGGGGGGUCCCCAGGCCUGGCCCCCCGACUCCUGGCUAAUUCCUCCAUGCUGGGAGAAGGACAGGUCCUUCGGAGUCCAACCAACAGGCUGCUCCUGCACUUCCAGAGCCCACGGGUCCCAAGGGGUGGUGGCUUCAGGAUCCACUAUCAGGCCUACCUCUUGAGCUGCGGCUUCCCUCCCCGGCCAGCCCAUGGGGAUGUGAGUGUGACAGACCUUCACCCUGGAGGCACUGCCACCUUCCACUGUGAUUCGGGCUACCAGCUGCAGGGUGAGGAGACCCUCAUCUGCCUCAAUGGUACCCGGCCAGCCUGGAGCAGUGAACCCCCCAGCUGCAUGGCAUCCUGUGGUGGCACCAUCCACAAUGCUACACUUGGCCGCAUUGUGUCCCCUGAGCCUGGGGGAGCUGCAGGGCCCAACCUCACCUGCCGUUGGGUCAUCGAAGCAGCUGAGGGACGCCGGCUGCACCUGCACUUUGAGAGAGUCUCCCUGGAUGAGGACAAUGACCGGUUGAUGGUGCGCUCAGGGGGCAGUCCCCUAUCCCCGGUGAUCUAUGACUCAGACAUGGAUGAUGUCCCAGAGCGGGGUCUCAUCAGUGAUGCCCAGUCCCUCUAUGUGGAGCUGCUUUCAGAGACACCUGCCAAUCCCCUGCUGCUAAGCCUCCGAUUUGAAGCCUUUGAGGAAGAUCGCUGCUUUGCCCCCUUCCUGGCACAUGGCAAUGUCACCACCACGGACCCUGAGUACCGCCCAGGGGCACUGGCCACCUUCUCGUGCCUCCCAGGAUAUGCCCUGGAGCCCCCUGGCCCCCCCAAUGCCAUCGAAUGUGUGGAUCCCACAGAACCCCACUGGAACGACACAGAGCCAGCCUGCAAGGCCAUGUGUGGAGGGGAGCUGUCAGAGCCAGCUGGUGUGGUCCUCUCUCCGGAUUGGCCCCAGAGCUAUAGCCCCGGCCAAGAUUGCGUGUGGGGUCUGCAUGUCCAGGAAGAGAAGCGCAUCUUGCUCCAAGUUGAGAUCUUGAAUGUGCGCGAAGGGGAUAUGCUGACGCUGUUCGACGGGGACGGUCCCAGCGCCCGAGUCCUGGCCCAGCUGCGAGGGCCUCAACCGCGCCGCCGCCUCCUCUCCUCUGGGCCCGACCUCACGCUGCAGUUCCAGGCACCGCCCGGACCCCCAAACCCGGGCCUGGGCCAGGGUUUCGUGUUGCACUUCAAAGAGGUCCCGAGAAACGACACGUGCCCCGAGCUGCCGCCCCCGGAAUGGGGCUGGAGGACGGCUUCCCACGGGGACCUGAUCCGGGGCACUGUGCUUACUUAUCAGUGCGAGCCUGGCUAUGAGCUGCUUGGGUCGGACAUUCUCACCUGCCAGUGGGACCUGUCCUGGAGCGCAGCGCCACCCGUCUGCCAAAAGAUCAUGACUUGUGCCGAUCCUGGUGAGAUCACCAACGGGCACCGCACCACCUCAGAUGCUGGCUUUCCUGUUGGCUCCCACGUCCAGUACCGCUGUCUGCCGGGGUACAGCCUGGAGGGGGCGGCCGUGCUCACCUGCUACAGCCGGGACACGGGCACGCCCAAGUGGAGCGACCGGGUCCCCAAGUGCGCCUUGAAGUACGAGCCGUGCCUGAACCCCGGGGUGCCAGAGAACGGCUAUCAGACAUUGUACAAGCAUCACUACCAGGCGGGCGAGUCUCUGCGCUUCUUCUGCUAUGAGGGUUUUGAGCUCAUUGGCGAGGUCACCAUCACCUGUGUGCCCGGCCACCCCUCACAGUGGACCAGCCAGCCCCCACUCUGCAAAGUGGCCUAUGAGGAGCUCCUGGACAACCGAAAACUGGAAGUGACCCAGACCACCGACCCGUCACGGCAGCUAGAGGGUGGGAACCUCGCCUUGGCCAUUCUGCUGCCCCUAGGCUUGGUCAUCGUCCUCGGCAGUGGCGUUUACAUAUACUACACAAAGCUACAGGGAAAAUCCCUCUUCGGCUUCUCAGGCUCCCAUUCCUACAGCCCCAUCACGGUGGAGUCAGACUUCAGCAAUCCACUGUAUGAAGCUGGGGAUACACGAGAGUAUGAAGUUUCCAUCUGAACACCAAGACUAAGGCUCCAGGACCCAGGACGCCCCUCCUCUCCUCAUUCUGGGCAGGAAGGAGUACAGGACCUGGCCUCUGGCUCCUUUCCUCCCUGCUGUGUAAAUAAUCUCCUGGUCCCACGAGGGGGCUUUGAUGGCCCUGAGGACCCUACAGUAAAUAAACCAGCAUCCUGUGCCCAAAGCCUCCUCUUCUCAGUUGCCAAACAAGGGGCCUGCCCCCCACUCACUCUACCCGCUUUUGGACCCUAGGAGGGGAAAUCAGCCCCUGAUGCAACUCCUGGGGCCCCUCCAGCCCAGGGCAUCCCACAAGGACUACCCAAGAGCUCUGCUGUUCCCUUGGUCAUGAAGGCUCUGCGCUUCCCAGAUGCUCUGUCCCCGGGCCUAACCUCUGACCCUUGGAGGGUCAGAAGAAGAGGGAUGAAGGGGAGAGCUGGGACAAGGCCCCUACCCACUUCCUGCCAUAUCCCCUAUCCACAGUCUCCCCACCUUUGCUUCUGGAUUUUCGUUUUUGAGCAAUAAACAGAAAAUCUCCGUUUGUAA